AUGUAUUCAUGUCUCAACUUUGUCAACUCUACUCCAAAUUUGUCAUUUUCUUCUUCAGUUGUAAUAGCCAAUCUGAAAGAAACUGAAUACAUAAUAGCAAGAACUGUAGAUGUUAUCAUCAUUGUUAUGAAACUGAUUCCCCUCCUGGUAUGCCUCACCUGUUUUUUCUGCUCCUUGGAUAUUCUUGGCAUGGCCUUUCAGCUGGUUGGAGGAAAAUUGGCUGGAGGAUUUUUCUUUCAGGGUUCGGUACUUUUCAACCCCGUAGCCGCCUUCAUAGUGGGUUUGCUGGUGACUGUUGUGGUGCAGAGUUCCAGUGUAUCCACCUCCAUUAUGGUCAGCAUGGUGUCAUCUACAGUGUUGACAGUAGAGGCAGCGAUUCCCAUGAUCAUGGGAGCCAAUGUUGGGACUGCAAUCACCAAUACAUUGGUAGCCCUCAUGUAUGCUGGAGACAGGGAUGAAUUUGGAAGAGCUUUUGCAGGAGCUACUGCACAUGGUAUUUUUAACUGGUUGUCAGUGCUGGUGCUGCUGCCUCUGGAGGUGAUAACAGGCUUGCUCUACACUGUCACCAAAAGAAUAACAACAUACAUUAAAAUCAGUAGAGGAAGUGGUGACAAUAUACUCUUGAAAGCCCUCAUAGAACACUUAACGGACCACAUCAUCCAGCUGGAUGAAGACAUCUUCAAUGCACUUGCUGCAGGAGAUGAAGAAGCUAAAAACAAGAGUCUGAUAAAGAUUUGGUGUAAAACUACUCAAAAUCUGACUUUUAGCAAUAUUACCGUUCCCUCACCAAAAAACUGUACCUCUUCAGUUCUCUGCUGGACUCAAGGGAACAUGACCUGGACUCUUAUGAACAUAUCAUAUGAAGAUCAUGUUGAAAAAUGCCAUCACAUGUUUGUGAACACCACAUUAUCUGAUUCAACUAUCGGAUUCAUUCUUCUACCCAUCGCCUUGUUCUUCUUGGGCUUGAGUUUGAUCCUCCUUAUCAAGGUAUUGAGCAUGGAAUUCCAUGGACCACUUGCUGACAUGAUUACAGAGAGCCUCAACAAAGAUCUCCCCUUCCCAUUUGGCUGGCUUUCAGGCUACCUUGCCAUUCUUGUUGGAGCUAUUUUGACCUUUAUUGUUCAGAGUAGUUCUGUGUUCACCAGUAUAAUCAUUCCUCUGAUUGGCACCGAAAUGAUCACCCUUGAGAGAGCUUACCCUUUAAUCUUGGGUUCCAACAUCGGCACCACCACCACCGCCAUCAUGGCUGCAUUAGCUAGCCCUGGAGCUACUUUACAAAAGUCACUCCAGAUUUCCCUGUGCCACUUAUUCUUCAACCUCUUUGGCGUCAUGCUGUGGUACCCAAUCCCAUUCUUGCGACUGCCUAUCUAUUUUGCUGAGAUCUUGGGGGAAACCACAGCCACCUACCGUUGGUUUUCCAUUGUCUACGUGGUCAUCUGUUAUUUUGUGGGCCCGAGCCUAGCAUUUUGCCUUUCCAUUGCUAGAAGAGCCGUGUUGCUAUAUGUAGGGUUACCCCUAUAUUUUGUGCCCUUUCUGAUAGUAUAUCUGCGAACUUUCAAUGUCCUUAAAUUGUUUCCUUUGUGGAUGAGAGACCUGGAGCCCUGGGAUGAUCUGAUAACAAACAUCAGGGUCCAUUGCCAGGAGUUUGCCAGAUUGUUUUCAAAGCACAGAACGUCCAAGCUAAAUAAGUACAUUGACAAGAGGUCUCCCACAAUAAAGCCAGACCCUGGUCCAGAUCAGAACCAGAGAUCCCAAGUUUUUUAUGCCAAGAAAUCUGAUGACACAAUGACAGAAAAUACAAUCAACAAAUGUACAGUUCUUAAUUAA